AUGGAGGGGAGCAUGGGUGCGCGGGUGGGCACCCGCACACGAGUGGGCUACCGGGCGCUUGCACAUCUCCUCGGCCUGGGCCCCGAAAGAGCGGGCUGUCGGGACUACCAAGGUCGGCAAGGAAGCAGACUGAACAAAGACCUGAGACAUUAUCUCAACCAGAGGUUUCAGAAGGGAUCACCAGAUCACGAUCUGCAGCAGACUAUUAGAGAUAACCUUUAUCGCCAUGCUGUGCCUUGCACAACCCGCCCUCCAAGAGAAGGAGAAGUGCCUGGUGUGGACUAUAACUUUCUGACUGUGGAGGAGUUUCUGGAGUUGGAGCGAAGCGGGACCCUUCUGGAAGUAGGAACUUAUGAAGGUAACUAUUAUGGAACGCCCAAGCCUCCCAGCCAGCCCCUCAGUGGGAAAGUGACUUCCACCGAUGCGUUGCAAAACCUGCAGUCUGGCUCCAAGCAAUCAACUCCAAAGCGAACCAAGUCUUACAAUGAUAUGCAAAAUGCUGGCAUAGUGCAUACAGAGAAUGAGGAGGAGGACGAUGUACCUGAAAUGAGCAGUAGCUUCACAGCAGAGUCUGGUGACCAAGACGAGCAUAAUACGCAUAUCGUAAGAGAGACAGCUCCACCGUCUGUGAUUGAUAGCCACACCAACGUUCCCACCACGGAACCAUCUCAGAACCUCCCUCAAUACCUACCUCCUCCUGCCGAGGAUAACCUAGGUCCUCUGCCGGAAAACUGGGAGAUGGCCUACACCGAGAACGGAGAAGUCUAUUUUAUAGACCAUAACACAAAAACAACAUCUUGGCUUGAUCCACGGUGCCUGAACAAACAGCAGAAACCUCUAGAAGAAUGUGAAGAUGAUGAAGGGGUACACACGGAGGAACUGGACAGUGAACUAGAGUUGCCUGCUGGUUGGGAGAAAAUUGAGGAUCCCGUAUAUGGUGUCUACUAUGUAGACCACAUCAACCGGAAGACACAAUAUGAAAACCCAGUUCUUGAAGCGAAGAGGAAGAAACAGCUUGAGCAACAGCAACAGCCGCCCGAAGGAAAACCUUUUUUUACACGAAACCCUUCUGAGUUGAAAGGGAAGUUCAUCCACACCAAGCUAAGGAAAAGCAGCAGGGGUUUUGGCUUCACCGUCGUCGGAGGGGAUGAGCCGGAUGAAUUUCUCCAAAUCAAAAGUUUGGUGCUUGACGGCCCCGCAGCACUGGAUGGCAAAAUGGAAACAGGGGACGUCAUAGUCAGCGUGAACGAUACCUGCGUGCUGGGGCACACUCACGCUCAAGUUGUGAAAAUCUUCCAGUCCAUCCCCAUCGGUGCCAGCGUGGAUCUUGAACUGUGCCGAGGCUAUCCCCUGCCCUUCGAUCCCGACGAUCCCAACACGAGCCUGGUUACGUCUGUGGCAAUUUUGGACAAAGAACCGAUCAUUGUGAACGGGCAGGAAAAUUACGACUCCCCAGCGAGCCACAGUAGUAAAACAGGGAAAGUAAAUGGCACAAAGGAAGCAAGACCCAGCAGCCCGGCUGAGGUCUCUUCCAACGGACCCCAUGGUUACCCCAAUGACACGGUCUCUUUGGCGUCUUCGAUAGCAACACAACCUGAACUCAUAACUGUGCAUAUAGUCAAAGGGCCUAUGGGCUUUGGGUUUACUAUAGCAGACAGUCCCGGUGGGGGCGGCCAAAGGGUGAAGCAAAUCGUGGACAGCCCGCGGUGCCGCGGCCUGAAGGAAGGCGAUCUUAUAGUCGAAGUCAACAAGAAGAAUGUGCAGAGCCUCACUCACAACCAGGUGGUGGAUAUGCUGAUUGAAUGUCCUAAGGGAAGCGAAGUCACGUUGCUGGUGCAGCGAGGAGGACUGCCGGUCCCAAAGAAGAGCCCAAAGUCGCAACCACUUGAAAGGAAAGACAGCCAAAACAGUUCUCAGCAUAGCGUCUCCAGCCACCGCAGUGGGCACACCGCUUCCCCCGUUCACAGCACGCAGGUGCUGCCGGACUACACUGCCGCGGAGGCGCCGGCUGCGGAUCAACCGGACAGUUCUGGGCAGAAAAAGCCAGAUCCAUUCAAAAUCUGGGCCCAGUCCAGGAGCAUGUAUGAAAGCCGACUUCCAGAUUACCAAGAGCAGGAUAUCUUUCUAUGGAGAAAGGAAACCGGUUUUGGAUUUAGGAUUCUAGGUGGAAAUGAGCCCGGAGAACCUAUUUACAUUGGUCACAUUGUGCCACUGGGUGCUGCUGAUGCUGACGGUCGCCUGAGAUCGGGUGAUGAACUGAUCUGCGUGGAUGGGACGCCUGUUGUCGGGAAAUCGCACCAGCUUGUCGUCCAGCUCAUGCAACAGGCAGCCAAACAAGGUCACGUCAAUCUGACCGUCAGGCGCAAAGUGGUUUACACAGUUCCCAAGGCAGAGAAUGAAGUCCCAUCCCCAGCUUCUUCCCACCACAGCAGCAACCAGCCAGCCUCGCUGACCGAGGAGAAGCGAACGCCGCAGGGCAGCCAGAACUCCCUCAACACCGUCAGCUCGGGGGGGGGGGGCAGCGGUGUUGUCAGCGCCGUGGUCCAGCCCUACGAUGUGGAAAUCCGCCGCGGCGAAAACGAGGGGUUCGGCUUCGUCAUCGUCUCGUCGGUGAGCAGGCCGGAGGCGGGGACAACUUUCGGUCGGAUAAUUGAAGGGAGUCCCGCAGACCGCUGUGGCAAGCUGAAAGUAGGCGAUCGGAUCUUGGCCGUGAAUGGGUGCUCCAUCACCAACAAGUCGCAUUCAGACAUCGUCAACCUCAUUAAGGAAGCGGGAAACACCGUUACCCUGCGCAUCAUUCCAGGAGAUGAAUCCUCCAAUGCUACUUUAUUGACCAAUGCAGAAAAAAUUGCUACAAUUACCACCACACAUACUCCUCAGCAAAUACCGCAGGAGACCAGCAAGAACAACACCAAACCAAAGCAGGAAUCCCAGUUCGAUUUCAAACCACCCCAAGCAGCACAGCAGGACCAAGACUUUUACACUGUUGAGCUGGAAAGAGGAGCCAAAGGGUUUGGCUUUAGCCUGCGAGGCGGCCGGGAAUAUAAUAUGGAUCUGUACGUGUUGCGGCUAGCUGAGGAUGGUCCAGCUGAGAGAUGUGGGAAGAUGAGGAUCGGUGACGAAAUCUUAGAGAUCAAUGGAGAAACUACCAAGAACAUGAAGCAUGCUCGGGCCAUCGAACUGAUUAAAAAUGGUGGCCGCAGGGUCCGCCUGUUUCUGAAACGUGGAGAUGGCUCUGUCCCAGAAUAUGACCCCAGCAGUGACAGGAACAGUCCCGCCACAGGUUCACAAAAUGUAUCGGAAAUGAAACCCGUGCCAUCCGACCGACGGCAGCACCCAUCAUCGGAGUCCAGUUAUCCACCAGACCUUCACAAAUCAUCAAGACAUGGGGACAAGCGGACUUACGUUAGAGACCUAAAAGGCAGCAGAGAGUUUAGCAGACAUCCCAACGAACACCACACUUGGAAUGGGACUUCUAAAAGCAACGACCACGUGCCAGGCAGGAGGACGGAGAGGUCGCCGGAGAGGAGGCGCGAGAGGCAGAUGGAGAGGACGAUGGUGAACGGGCAGAAGAGGAGGUCUCCUGAAAAGCGCAGGGAAGGGACGCGGAGCGCUGACAACACUUUGGAGAGGCGGGAGCGACACGAGAGGAGGAGAGACCUCUCCCCCGAGAGGCGCCGGGAGCGGUCGCCCGGUCGCCGGCGGCGGUCGCUGGAGAGACUCAGGCAGCCACCCGAGCAGCGCCGGCGGCCGUACAAGGAGUGCAGCACCGACCUCAGCAUCUGA